GGAAACCUAUUCACAAUACUGUACUUCCACAUCGCAGCUUCAUCUUUUUUUUUAAGAAUAACUCGCUGUCCCUAUUUAUUCUUCUUAUUAUCUUUUAGGUGUGUAACUAUUUCCAGUUCAGCAAAACAAACUUAGUCCAGGCAAAGUUUGUGAGACUUUAAUAACAGUCACAGCUGUCUGAUUAGAGAAGUUCUGUAACCCUGACCUGCGGGGGGAGCUUUCCGGAUCUGUUAUGGAGGCUGCUGAAGGCGAGAAAACAGGGACAGCACAAGCUCCAGCAGAUGCAUCCAAACAAGACCUUGAUGUCUGCAAGUUUUUCCUGAAGGGCAGGUGUCAUUUUGGAGAUAAAUGUCGCCUGUCUCACAGCAGCCCAACUCCAUUUGCUGAUCAUAACCUGGUACAAACCGAAGGAGAGAAAGAACACAAAAAACGUAAAACCAAAAAAAGGUCAGGCAAAACGGAUAAGGCCAAAUAUGAAGAAAGCAAAGGCCCUGAGAAAAAGCUGCGCAUGCGAACGGCAGAUGAUGUCAUUUCCAGGAUUCUGUGGGAUACCUCUGUGGACCCAGCAGACUUUAUAGUCGGCCACCUGGACCGCUUUCUGGGACUUCUGGAACGACCUUUCUCUGACUUCUCAUGGGACACUCAGUUGUGUGACUGUGACUAUUCAGAGGAAAUGACCAUUCCUCGUCACAGGAUCCAGUACUUCACCUAUAAAGGCCAGCGUGUGUGGGACAGAGACAGUCGCACUGACCAUGUGUUUGGCUCCACAGGACAGUCAGUGAUAUCCCCAUUUGAUAGGGGGGAUCAAUCACAAGACAAUCUUGUUCCAGAUGCCGCAGAAAAUGGGGAAGAACUGUCUGGAGAGACAAAUGAGCAUGGUUCUGUAAAGCACAGCUUAAUGGGUGCUGCAGAUGAGGACACUCUCAGUGAUGCUGGAGAAACAUUAGACUGUAGCACAAAUAUACAAACUGACAAAGACCAUGAGGAUGUAAGUCUAGCUCAAGAGGCAGAGAGACUAUCCAUCUCUCCAGGAGACAAACAAACCACAAUGCAGGAUGAAUGGACAGAUAGUUGGGACAAGGAGGAAGUGAAGGAGAAAGAGAUGGAGCCUGUGCAGGCCAUACCUCAAGGGCCACCCCCAGGCCGCCAACGACGCAAGCCCACUCAUUUCAUUUGCUUCCGUGUGGACUCACCUGCUGCCUUGCGUGCCUUCCAGCUUCUCCAGAGGAAAGUUCUGACCCACUUGCCCCAGUCCGAGCCACUGUGGGUGAAACCAGAGUCCCUGCAUGUUACUCUCUCUCUGCUCUUUCUUCAAGGCCCCUCUGAAGUCUUUGCUGCUAGCGAGCUCCUUCGCUCAAUAGCCAAAAACUUCUACAAACCACCCAUCUCCGUCUUCUUCACGCCUAGACUGAGGCACUUCAGUGGAAAAGUUCUCCAUAUCGCCCCCAAGCCUCUCCCGGACAUCCAGAACCUAAAUGCUCCCCUCCAGGAAGCAUUCAGGGAGAAAGGCUGGCUCCAUCGUGACUCCCGAAACCCUACCUACCAUCUCACGCUCGCUAAAGUGACAGAAGCAGACGCAGAAAGGAUAUUUGAAGACGUGUGGCAGAUUAAACUGGAUAAGCAGUUGAAUUUCGGGAAGCUAAUAGUGGACAAGUUGUAUCUGUGUGUUAACGAUGUUCCACGGGCUGUAAAUGGCUUUUAUGAGACAGUGUGUUCUGUACAGUUGCCCACUGUAUAACAGCAAAAGGUUGAUUUUAUUAUAAGAAAAAAAUAGUGCCAGUCAUUUUUACAUACCAAGCAACAAAUAGAAAAUUUGGGGAGAAAUAAUACCCAGUUGACUCUGUUUACUAGAUGGACAUCGUAACAUCUGUAUUUACAUAAUGUCCAAAUGAUUUUACUGAUAUUUUUUUAAAUUAAUGAUGACAAGCGAAUUUAAAGAAAUUUAAAAAAACAUUUAAAGAGCGUAAAAACUAAUGAAUCACUUGAGAAUUUACACUACCGUUCAAAAGUUUGGGGUCACCCAGACAAUUUUGUGUUUUCCAUGAAAAGUCACACUUUUAUUUCCCACCAUAAGUUGUAAAAUGAAUAGAAAAAAUAUAGUCAAGACAUUUUUCUGGCCAUUUUGAGCAUUUAAUCGACCGCACAAAUGUGAUGCUCCAGAAACUCAAUCUGCUCAAAGGAAGGUCAGUUUUAUAGCUUCUCUAAAGAGCUCAACUGUUUUCAGCUGUGCUAACAUGAUUGUACAAGGGUUUUCUAAUCAUCCAUUAGCCUUCUGAGGCCCUGUUUACAUUAUUUCGAAUCAGCGGAUCGUCAGAUUAACGUUUUUAAAACGAUUCGCGUGCACACAGCAACGCCAAUACACGAUUCGCGUGCACACAGCAACGCCAAUACACGGAUACGCUAAUCACAUGACUAAUUAGACGGCACGUCACAUGAUCCCAGUGCAUAUCGGGCAUGCGCAAGUCACUCACCACUUGCAAGUGGAAGGAUGGCAAGCGAACACCUUCUCCAGCAAAUAAACACACCUGGCUGUGAUGUUCAUGUUCUCACUGAGUUUAAGCGCCCGAAGGAGGUUGAAAUGUGUAAAUAAACCUCAGUGCGGCUCAGCGCUUCCUUCUGCGCUCCAAAUCACUCCGCCCUGAACAGCGAGUGCCCUCUGGAGGGUGCGCACUCCGGCCCUGCGCAGCUCACAGAGCGCGCGAGUGAAGCGCACGAGCAGUGAUUUGGGACUGAGCCGCUGUGUGUGUGAUCCCAACGCCAGUGAAUCAGGAAGGUGGAUGUCACCGUGACGUUGUCCAAUGACGACGUCAGCUAGAGCUCAGCACAGCGUAUCCGCGUAUCCUCAAUGUUUACACAGCACCGGACCAGACACGAACUGGAUUGAAUACGUGGGCUCUGGCGGAUUCCCGUUUCCCGGCGUUUUAAUGUGAACGGACAGUGCAUCCGCGAAGAAAACGAGACAGAUACGGUCUAAUGUAAACUUGGCCUGAGGCAAUGAGCAAACACAUUGUACCAUUAGAACACUGGAGUGAGAGUUGCUGGAAAUGGGCCUCUAUACACCUAUGGAGAUAUUGCACCAAAAACCAGACAUUUGCAGCUAGAAUAGUCAUUUACCACAUUAGCAAUGUAUAGAGUGGAUUUCUGAUUAGUUUAAAGUGAUCUUCAUUGAAAAGAACAGUGCUUUUCUUUCAAAAAUAAGGACAUUUCAAAGUGACCCCAAACUUUGAACGGUAGUGUAUACCAUUUUAUAUUUAUAAUGCACAGUGUGUGAGGAUAUGUUCAGUUAAAAAAUAUACUUUAAGCCAGUAGUUCAUAAGUUUUGGGGAUUUAUGGGUUUGGAGACCUCUCGGAUGGUAAUACAUAAUUGCAAGCAACUUGGAGAAGAAUGUUUUGUAAUGUGAGUUAUUAGUUACCUCUUCAUUGUGUAGGUUUUAUCAGAUACAGACAAUAAGGGAUUACUCAAGUUCACACGUACUACAGCAAUUAUUUCAAUUAAUCGGUUAUCACAGUCAUUAGAUUUUAUAGUCAUUUUAUUGUUUGUCAUAGAAACAAUUUGUACAAGUUAGGCCUGUUAUGUUUAUUACAGCAGUUAUUUGAGCUGAUCUGUUUCCACAGUCAUUAGAUUGUGCAGUCAUGUUUAUCACAAGAAAUUAUAUGAAAUAGGUGUGUUUUCAUCAAUUAGCAAAUAAAAAAAAAAAACAGCAUCCUGAAACAUCUGAUCUGUUGUGCAAUUUUUAUAUUGUUAUUUUCUUAACUGCAUUAACUGUCCUGAACCACCUAUGUCAACACUAUAUAUUUACAGUGUCUUGCAAAAGUAUUCCUCCCUCUUGGUGUUUGUCCUGUUUUGUCACAUUACAAGUUGGAAUUAAAAUGGAUUUUUUUGAUUUACACAACAUGCCUUAUGAUUUACACAAACGAUAAGAUGAUUAAACAGAAAUCUGGAGUGUGCAUAGGUAUUCAACCCCUUUCAUAUGAAACCCCUAAAUAAGAGCUGGUCCAACCAAUUCACUUCAUAAGUCACAUAAUUAGUUGAUCCACCUGUGUGCA